UUUUUUUUUUUACAUAGAAUGUUUAGAUUUAACAUUGAUGAGUUCCCAAUGACUUUAAAAAAAAAUCAAUUCCACCGCUGGUCACAAGAAACAUCACUAUAGCGGCUUUUACUUUUACUGUAGAUGCAAUUUUUUUUAACACUAUACAGUUUUCACCAUACAGUUUUUAGGCAUAAAGGCUAUGAAAAGGUGUAGGCCUAAAUCAAAUCACUUUUCUUUCAUAGAGACAUCUACACUGUUAUUUUGGAGUGUAAUUGCUGCGGCUGCAGCAGCAGUUAAUCUUUGACCAAGCUGGUGACCAGCUGGUAAAGAUGAGUCUACCAGAGAUCAUCAACUUCAUAAUCUGGGAACCUGUGCACUCACUCCCUCAUGUGACAGUCACACUGCCAGAGACAAAGGUCACCCCGUAGUUCAUCCACUUCUGUCACAAGCAUUCAGGAUGCCAAAUACACCAGCCAGGUUUCUUCUCCUCGGUCUCUGUCUGUUCGGGGCAGCUGACGCCCUGUACAAGCAGUGGAUACCCGACACUAACUAUGAAAACAAGACCAACUGGGACAAAGGGUCCGUGCCCUGCGGUAACGACAUAGUGCAGUUCUCGGCUCAGAGGAAAGUGUCUGUGUAUGUGGAGACGGUCCACUCUGUCCAGGAGAUCCGGCUACCGGUGGACGGAGAGUUCAUCCUUCCCUCGGGGGGUGGCUUCACGGUCAGUAAUGGAGGGGACCCCGGUUGCGGGGCCGGCGUCACCGCCCAGUUCAAAGAUGCAGAGUCUCUGCAGUGGUUCGACCCGGCGCUGUGGCAGGCGGCAGAGUCUUCAGACGACCUGGAGAAAGGUCGCUUCCUGUUCUCGGUACACGAGGAGAGCGUACCCUGCCAGUAUGACAACGUGUUGUUCCGCGCUGGCUCCUCGUUCCGCGUGGACACCACCUCCAACCAGCCCAGCGUCCCUGUCCAGAGUGUGUCCGUUCUGGGGAAGAAGUUCAGCAGCAGCUCGGAGUUCACCCAUUAUCUGGGCUCACACUCUGGCCGGCUGCAGUUCCAUGGAACCUCAUCCCCCAGCGUCGGGGCUUCUGGCUGCAGUGAUGCCUCUGGCUGUGACUGUGGGAACUCUGCGAAUCACAACAGGAUCUGCGGCACUGUGACAUGCGCUCCUAUGAGCUGUAAGAAGCCACUGUACCCCAUAGGACACUGCUGUGACGUGUGCAGCGCCAUCGUCACCAUCCAGUAUUCCUCAGGCUUCAUCCUUGAGUCUUAUCGGAAUCGACUGCAGCACCUCUUCCUUGGUCUGCCCUCGUACCAGUCCAUUCAGCUAGGCAUGUCCAAGGUGCUCAAAUCUCAGUAUUUCCUCGGGGUGAUUCCACGUGCGGCUGCAGCUGAGAUCCAGAUCGUGCUCCUGGAUGGGGAGUCUGGUGCGGUGGCAGAGGCCCUGGCUCGGGACAUAUUGAAGGACGUACAAGCCCAAGGCUCAAACCUGGGCAUAACCGGGGCUGAGUUCCAGGCCUCUUCUGGGGCCACCAGUGGUGACGGGGCAGGGGACAACGCAGGAGUUGUGGUGGGAGCCGUGUUCGGCAUCCUGAUAGUAGUCAUUGGUCUCCCCCUCCUGGCUGUCCUCUUCCGCAGAGGCGUCAUAAAAAUGCCAACCAUGCCCACCAUCUCCAUCCCUUCUCUGAGCAGCUUAAGGAGAAGCCAGGAGGAGAUAGGGGACUUCACGGACCACGGCUUUGAAAACCCCAUCUUCGACAAGCCCACCAUGAUGCCCGAAGUACCAGGUAUCUAUGGGACUGAAGCCGCCAACUCUAUCUCCCUGACGCCGUCAGGUGUGCAUUUUGUUAAUCCUGCGUAUGAUGAGAACGAGACCUCAAUCGAUUUCUCUGCCUGAGACUGUGUCAUGGUAUCUGUAAAUAUUUUGUGCACAUUCUUAUGAGAAUAAUUUCUUUGGUUUCUUAGGUAAUGUAUCUAAAAUGUAAAAAUAAUAUGUUUCAUGCUUAAUUUCAUAUUAAGUAAUAGGUAUUUUAAAAAGUCAAGCAAUUCAUAUUUGUAAAUCAAUUCUAAAAAGAUUUGACAAAAGCUUUGUCACAUUGUUAAUAUGAUUUACAUUGGAUUGAACAUUGACACAACAAUGAAAGACAGCCCUUGAACUCAUCUUGGUAGUUAGUACUCAGCACAAUGUCAAAUAAACAUAGUAUGUUUUUGCAUAUGAAAGACCAAUCACAGUAGUUAGCAAGUCAGUCACAUGCUAACCUGUUCCAAUAAAAAGGGCAGUUAAAGGUUAUUACUCAA